UACCGGCUGUGUGAAAUCCAAUGUCAACAGUCCCCCCCAGUCUCCACUUUCUUCUCCGUUUCAAAAAAGCAAAACCGGAAAAGAAAGGAAACAUCCAUCAGGCUACCAUCCAAAACCCAAACAUAGAAAACAUCUCUCUCUCUCUCUCUCUCUCUCUCUCUCUAGUCUCUCCUCUGCAAUCUAUAUACACACAUCUCCAGCUCUACAUAUAGUGAGAGAGAAACAAUCCACGUCAUCCCACCUCAAAUCCAAUCCCACCCCAAAUCCAUUUCUCCACGCCACCCACUCACUCCCUCCCCACCUUUCUCUCUCCCCUCAUGUCAUCCCCUCCAAUUUAAUCCCCCUGUUUUUGUUUUGAAACCUUUUGUUAACCGACGGUUGACCUAAUUCAUCCCCAUCCUUUACUAAAUUCCCCAUUUCAUUACACAAUUAGAUACAAAAUUCCAAACAGAGAGAGAGAGAGAGAGAGAGAGAGAGAGAGAGGGUGUAGAGGAGAGAGAGGGAUGGGGAAUUCGUUCGGGUGCUCGGCGUCGGGAGAGAGGCUGGUCUCGGCGGCGAGGGACGGCGAUUUGGUGGAGGCGAAGAUGUUGCUCGACUGCAACCCUUGCCUCGCCAAGUACUCCACCUUCGGAGGCCUCAACUCCCCUCUCCAUUUCGCCGCCGCCAAGGGCCACAACGAGAUUGUGGCUUUGUUGAUUGAAAAUGGAGCUGACGUGAAUUCGAGAAAUUACUGCGGUCAGACGGCGUUGAUGCAAGCAUGUCGUUACGGGCACUGGGAAGUUGUACAGACUCUCCUCCUCUUCAAAUGCAAUGUUACAAGAGCUGACUAUCUCAGCGGAAGGACAGCUCUCCAUUUUGCAGCUGUGAAUGGGCAUGUUAGAUGCAUAAGACUAGUUGUGGCUGACUUUGUUCCUAGUGCUCCCUUUGAUUUGAUAAAUGAUGUACCCGAGAGGGAGAAAACUGAUGCUUCCAAUAUUAGGAGCAAAUAUGACCAAAGCGCAUUAUCCAAGUUUGUAAAUAGGGCUGCCGAUGGUGGUAUCACUGCUCUUCAUAUGGCUGCAUUGAACGGUUAUUUUGACUGUGUACAGCUCCUACUUGAUCUUCAUGCGAAUGUCUCAGCUGUGACAUUUCAUUAUGGGACGUCAAUGGAUUUGAUAGGAGCUGGAAGCACCCCUUUGCACUAUGCUGCUUGUGGGGGAAAUAUGAAAUGCUGUCAGAUCCUUCUCGCAAGAGGUGCCAGUCGGAUGACUCUAAACUGCAAUGGGUGGCUUCCUCUUGAUGUUGCCAGGAUGUGGGGGCGUCAUUGGCUGGAGCCAUUGCUGGCACCUAAUUCUGACUCUACUGUUCCGCUGUUUCCUCCUUCUAACUAUUUAUCGUUGCCCCUCAUGAGUGUGCUUAACAUAGCUAGAGAGUGCGGGUUGCAGUCAUCAACAACUGGCUCUGAUGAUGUUGAGAUCUGUGCUGUUUGCCUGGAGAGAUCCUGCACAGUAGCUGCUGAAGGUUGCAGGCACCAGCUUUGCGUAAGAUGUGCACUCUACCUCUGCUCAACAAGCAACAUCCCUUCUUUAUUACAAGGCCCACCUGGGUCCAUUCCUUGCCCUCUUUGCCGACACGGGAUCGUCUCCUUUGCCAAACUCCCCGGAUCUCCAACAAAGGAAGUCAAACUCAGUCUGUCCCUUAGCCUCUGUACCCCGUGCAUGCUUCACUCCCGUGACUCGGAUCGUUCAACUCCUGAUAUACGAAAGAAUCGUGUAGCUUCUGUUUCACCCGAUAUCUUCUGCCCUGUCACUUGCAGUCCGUUUCCUUCAGUUAUCCCUAUGUGCGCUUGUAGUGAUGGACCAUGCCCCACCUGUGGACCACAUGAGGUUGAAGCACGAGAAGGAUCUCCUCAUCAAUCCCAGUCCACAACUGUAGACCAAGACAAACUGGAAAGAGUGAGGCUGGAGAAAACAAGCUGUUCGAGCCUGUUUUGGAGCAGAAGAAGCUGCAGCAGAGAGCACCAGUGCAAUUCAGAGAUUAACGCCUGACUAUCGUGCAUGAUUACUUUCUCAUAUCUCAUUGAAAGGAAUUUUGACAACGGCACUUCUCUGGUACUCUCUAUUCUGUUUUUGAUUAUGCUUCUAUUGGUUUGGUGUGUGGCGGGCGUGGCGGCAGUGAAUCCAGUUACGGGAUUUAGGCAUUUUUACCGCAUUUUUCAGAUUGCUUGGUUAAAAUAUCUCGCGAGCCUUGUAAAAAUUUGUAUGGUGGGGUUAUGGAUUGGUUGCAACUUGCAAAGCGAAAGUGAUAAAAGGUCUGCUUAUCAUUUUGUUAUAUAUGAUGGAGUUCCUUUGUAUAUGUCCUUUUCUCCUAUUUUCGCAUAUAAAGAUACAAUCUCUUGGCUAUAAA